AGCACAUGAUGAUUCAACCCGUGAUUUUCACUUGAAACAGACCUCAUGCCACGGACUAAAUUAAUGCAUGUUCCUUUCUUUUCUCCCCUGACACCGUAGCCUGCUUCUUUCCAUCGAGUCCAUGAUGGCAUCCCCAAGGCUGGAGACGUUCUGCUGCCCAAACCGAGACGCAUCGACCGAAUUUGUCAUUACUUUUCAGCCCCUCUUCUUUGGCGCCAUUUGCAUCGGUAGCGCAACUUUAAGUUUGAUCUUUUCUAUUUUACAAAUUUUGCCCAAACGUAGGGGAGAAAGGCGCCUUGGACAGUACCCUCUUCCCAAACCAGCGACUUCGUCGAGAAUAUUGUUUAUCAUCAGCAUAUGUGAUAUACUGGGAUGUGCAGGUAUCAUAGUGAGGUCAUCCAUCUGGCUGGGCCUGCCCAACCUUGUCAGAGGGAUCAAUGUGGCCAACAACAGUGACAUGUGGCCAGAGGUGUUCUGUGUCGGCAGUGCAAUGUGGAUCCAGCUGUUCUUCAGUGCAUCCUUCUGGUGGACCUUCUGUUACGCUGUGGACGUCUUCCUGGUGGUCAGAAGAUCUGCAGGAAUCAGUACCAUCAUCCUCUAUCACAUGAUCACAUGGGGUCUGGCCGUGUUGCUGUGUGUGGAGUGUGUGGCUAUGCUCUACUACACAUCCAUCUCCAGCUGUGAAAAUGGCCUGCAGCAUGCCAUUCCUCACUACAUUACUACCUAUGCUCCUCUAAUGCUGGUGCUUAUAGUCAACCCUACACUGUUCGCCAGGACUGUGUCUGCAGUGACAGCAUUAUUGAAGGGACGACAAGGGAUCUACACAAAAAAUGAGAGACGCCUGGGAACAGAGAUAAAAAUACGCUUCUUCAAAAUCAUGCUGGUCUUCUUUAUUUGCUGGCUUCCCAACAUCAUCAAUGAGAGCCUGCUGUUUUACCUGGAGAUGCAGACGGACAUAAAAGCCAGUGACCUGAAAAAUAUACGAAACACAGCCCUCAUCACUUGGUUUAUCAUGGGGAUCCUGAACCCCAUGUCAGGCUUCCUCAACACGUUGGCCUUCCAUGGCUGGACGGGCUUUGAUGUGGACUGCAGCCUGCAGAGGAGAAGGGAGCUGGCCUGGGAUUCAGCCUCCACCUCGGCGGCUAACAACCCCAUCGUGGGCUCCACCCUGCUCUACCAGAGCCACGCCCAGGAGGCCAAGAACAUGACCGGCAAGAACAUCAAGGGCAAUGGGCAGCCAGCCUCUGACGCCAUCAGCGUCCUAUCAGAAGGUAAUGGGCAUACAUGGCUGCAGAGCAGGGAGAAUGACAAUGGUAAUACCCACACUGGUCAUCAUCAUCUAGAUUCUAAAGUGCAUGGUGCUGCCAAUAAAGCUGCUCUUGGUCUGUUUCAUAUUUUACCACCGUGGGUUUGGUUUUAGAUUAUAAAGUUAUAGAUGGCUUCAGACCCAUAGGAAAUGUGCCUCACUCACCAGGCAGAGGUUCCCUUAGUAAUACCAGUUUUGAUAAUAUAAUACUGUCAGACAUUGUCCCCAGGACCAGCUUAGAUGAUUUCUUGUAGAGGAUGAUGUUCUGAGCCGGGAGAACUUACCGGGGACAAAAGGAUUUGGUUCUAAUCAAGAAAUGACAUUUACAGUGCCCUCAAAGUAUUCACAUCCUUGGACUUUUUCCAAUUGUUGUGUUACAGCCUGAAUUGAAAAUGGAUUAAAUUAAGCUUUUGUGUCACUAGCCUAAACACAUAAUGUAAAAGUGGAAUGUUUUACAUUUUUUAAAACAAUUUAAUUAAAAAGCUGAAUGUCUUGAGUCAUUAAGUAUUCAACCCCUUUGUUAUGGCAUGUUUAAAUAAGUUCAGGAGCAAAGAUUUACUUAACAAGUCACAUAAUAAGUUGCAUGAACUCACUCUAUGUGCAAUAAUAGUCUUUAAUGUAAUUUUUAAAUGACUAUGUAAACUCUACUCCACACAUACAGUUACUGUAUCUUCAAGAUCCAUCAGUAGAGCAGUGAUUUUCAAACUCAGAUUCAACCACAAAGACCAAGGCCAGUGAGGUUUUCCAAUGCCUCGCAAAGAAGGGCACCUAUUGGGUAGGCCGUCAAUGUAAAUAAGAAUUUGUUCUUAACUGACUUGCCUAGUUAAAUAAAGGUAAAAUAUAAAAACAUACAUAAAAUAUUGGUAGAUGGGUAAAAAAAAAAAACAGACAUUGAAUAUCCCUUUAAUUACACUUUUGAUGGUGUAUCAAUACAACCAGUCAUGACAAAGAUACAGGUGUCCUUCCUAACUCAGUUGAUGGUGAGGAAGGAAGCCGCUCAGAGAUUUCACCACCUAAAUGACAGAGUGAAAAGAAGGAAGCCUGUACAGAAUACAAACGUUCCACAACAUGCAUCCUGUUUGCAAUAAGGCAUUCAAUUAAAACUGCAAAAACAAUGUGGCAAAGAAAUUAACUUUAUGUCCUGAAUACAAAGAGUUAUGUUUGGGGCAAAUUCAGCACAACACAUCACAGAGUACCACUCUUCAUAUUUUCAAGCAUGGUGGUGGUUGCAUCAUGUUAUGGGAAUGCUUGUCAAUGGCAAGGACUAGGAGUAUUUUAGGAUUAAAAGAAAUGGAAUAGAGCUAAGCACAGACAAAAUCAUAGAGGAUAACCUGCUACCUGGUUUCCAAUAGACACUGGGAGAAAAAUUCACCUUUCAGCAGGACAAUAACCUAAAACACAAGGACAAAUAUACAAUACAAUGUGUUGUGAUAAAUGCCUCGUUUGCUAUUAAACCUGUUAGUUCAUAUGCCUUGCGACCGUGAUAUAUGCUUAGGGCUGAGACAAUAAAAAGACAGUGGCAGAAUAAAUUCAACUUUGUAAAGUAUAUUGCAGGUAACAAACAGUUACAUGACCUACAGUAUGGUCAAUAAAGUUCAUGUUUCCGACAAUUUCGGACUAUUGAUUUAGAACCACAGAGAAAUACUGCAGGUCGCAAACACUACAAUUCCAGCACCAUUUCAACUUCAACAGCAUAUCACCUAUGAUUACUCUAAUACAUUGACAACUUAAAGAUAGUAAAAACAAUUUAUUCCAAUCAACAUAAGCUAAAUGUGAUGUGGCUGGCCAUGGUUCUGAUUUGUGUGUGUGUUCAUGCAAGCAGAAAAAACAUUUAGACUCACCCUACUUGUAGAGAAAUGCCAAUGCCAUCCUCCUCUCUUUCAUGUUGAUGAAACAGUCUAUGACUCUACCAUACAAUACACACUUCAGUUUGUUGUUGUCCUAGUCGCCCUGGCCAAAAGUCUUGCUCGCUAGCCUAAUUUCCUUUCAUGGGAGACCGUAGCUAGUUAACAUUAGCCUUCUACAUCUAGCUACAUAUUGACCUUCCUUCAUCUCAGUCCAGGGGCACAAUGUAUUUUAUGGUUGGAUCAAAAUCGCAGUUAUAAUCAUUAACCAGUAUAGAGAAUUAAGUAAAACCACAAGGCCAAAUCCCUAUCACUAUACAUGGCUAAUUUAGGAAAAGGCCAAUUUUUGCUAGCUAGCUAGCCACCGGAAGACAACACACAACGAGAAGCAACAAUUCAAGUUGUUUCUAUCGAUGACGUAUUUCUCUGUGCUAGGAGUGAAGCCAAAUCCAAACUGGUUUCCCUUGACACUUUCUUUUGGCGUACCAGGACCAUUCACAGCUAAACAGCUCACUCGGUUUAGCUCAACGCUGAUUGGCUAUGAUUUUAAUAUUUUCUAAUCAAGGAAGGCCAAAUGCUCACUGGCUUCCCUUGCAUUCAAUGCUAUGUGCGGCAACAAUGUCAUAAUCUUUUUGACCAGACAGCAUCAGAUGGAUGGGCUACACAUACAGAGACAGGGGGGCACUGUUUCGCUCACUUGGUUGCUUUCUCCAGUGAGAUACAUUCAGCAUCUUGCGAAUUGAAAGAAAAUUAUGAAAACAAUAAGAGAUACAUACAUGUUUUUCUUAGUCCAUUUUUUGGGGUAGCCUGGCUUCCCUUGGCAUCCAUGAAUACACGGCACUGUUCCUGAGUGGCCUAGUAACAGUUUUGGCUUGGUUUAGAACUUUGUGAAACAUCACAGUUAAAAAUAUAUGGCAAAUAGAAAUCAGACUGGAUGGUGUUCAGAGAUAGAUGGGUGGGGUUAAGGGUAGUGGAAGGAUAGGAGUAAAAACAAACAAGAUGACUAUUGUAAAAUAGAUUGUGUCCGUAAAAUGUAUAUAGUAUUUAUAAUCUGGAAGUAGAUGCCUAAGUGUUGUUGUUCAUUAGUUUACUCCAAUUAGGGGAGGGAUGGUAGGGUUCAUGGAAAAUAAUAUAGGAAAAUAUAUUGUUAAAAGAUGUGGAUAUAUGUGUAAUGUAUGCAUGUAUAUAUUUGGAAAGUAUUCAGACCCCUUGACUUUUUCCACAUUUUAUUACAUUACAGCCUUAUUCUAAUAUG